UGGCGGUUUCGGUGAACUCGGGAUGUCUUUCACUGUAGUUUUGAAGGGUGGGCCACCCUGGGGAUUUAGAAUCCAGGGUGGAUUAGAGUAUGAGGAACCCAUAAAAAUAGCGAAGAUAAAUCCAAACAGCAAAGCCUAUAAUGAGGGCGUAAUUGUGGGCGACUAUGUUGAAGCCAUUAAUGGGCAGAAGGCGGAAGGAUUGCAGCAUGGAGAUGCCCAGCAACUCAUUAAAACAGCCAAUCAGGAGCUUAAACUGCAACUUCAUAGAUCCGGCCCCACAAUAAAUGGUCAUGGUCAAGUGAACGGAGGUCUGCCACACAAGGAUAAACACAGCAUAUCAGGGGAGACAACUACGAAACAGUACAAACCAGUGUCUUUCGGCAGCAGCUCAUCCUUGAACAUAGAGAACAGAGUUAGCCCUGCCCAAAUGUCCUCCGCUGCCAGUACCACCUCUGCACAGUCCCUCCCCUCACCGCCCCUCCUCGUCACGUCCAAAGCAUCAGGCUCCGACUCUGUCACCUCAAGUCCGAGGUUUAAAUCCAAGAUUAUCAUUCCACUCUCUCCGAAGCCUUUACAGAAAAUAAGGGAUACAGCAUGGGACUGCUCCUCGCCGAGCCUGUGGUCCACUUCCUACUACACCAGUGACUCAAACCUGUCAACGCCCCAAACCUCACCAGGCUCGCAGCGUCGUUACUUGGCAAGACAUGCACCCAAACCUGUGUCCGUAACUGCACGCCCUAGUCAAAAAAUGGCCCAAAACAGGGGCCCUGGCUCUGAACACAGAGACGCCAAGUCUCGAGGCAUGGAGAUGUUUUUGAAGCAGAUGGAAAAAUUAGCAAAGAUAGGCGAUGAUGAUGAUGAUGAUACAGACACAGAUGACACUGUUUAUAGUGUCGAACCCACCCCCACAAAAAGUGCACAAGUACCACCCCAGAACCACCAGGGAUCUAGUCACCAUGGCAACACUCAGACAUCGUUUCACAUGCCAACUCCUAAACAGGACCAGCAUGUAAGCGUCAGGAGUCCAAAAACAGAGACGCGUCAUCAAGUCUAUAAUAUACCUAUCAAAUAUGAGUCACAGGCGUCACAUCAUCCCCAGAGUCACCAACAAGGUCAACAAGGUCAGCAAGGUCAUCAAGGGUCAUGGGAUCAACACCAGAUGCAUCGACAACAAAUUCAACAGGAUCAGCAACCUAGACAGGAUCACCUUCAUCAGCACCAUUUUAGCCAUGGUCAUCGCCUCCCCGAUCAACACCACCCAAGUUUCCAGGAUCAGCAACGACAGACAGGCCUGGAUCAACACCAUCCAGGUUACCAGGAUUACCAGCAUCAGACAGGCCUGGAUCAACACCACCCAGGUUACCAGGAUCACCAACAUCAGGCAGGCCUGGAUCAACACCACCCAAGUUUCCAGGAUCACCAACAUCAGGCAGGCCUGGAUCAACACCAUCCAAGUUACCAGGAUCACCAGCAUCAGACAGGCCUGGAUCAACACCACCCAAGUUACCAGGAUUACCAACAUCAGGCAGGCCUGGAUCAACACCAUCCAAGUCACCAGGAUCAUCAACAUCAGGCAGGCCUGGAUCAGCAUCAAUCCCAUUAUUACCCGUCACAAGAUCAACGUCAAAUACAUGAACACCACAAGCAAUUUGAUCAUCAUAAACAAGAUCACAGACAAGAUCACAGACAAGAUCAUCAGUUUGAUCAGUGGCAAUCACAAGAUCAUACCCAAAAACAGGAUCAACAGGCGAGGAGUGGUCAUCAGUUCCCAGACAAUGAGUGGCUGCCUGAUGACGGUCAUCACGAUCAUCACUAUAAAGAACGCCAACAGAUCCCUAUCAUCAGUGCUGAUCAAACAAACAUACGGGACACCCCACAUGUGGCACGUCAAGAAAUACCUAUCCUCAUUGGUAAACAGGAGGACACAGGUCACAAGGACAAAGGUCACGAGAGUCGGAGUAAAGGUCGUGAGGUGCCCAUACACCUGUCGCAUGCAAAAAUCCAGCCAAGUAUCCACAAAAUCCCAGUAACAGUCCAAACAACCAGCAAACCUGACCCGCCUGUGAGUCUGGAACCUCUUGAGCUCUACAACCGGCCUCCUUCCCCACCCUUUCCCGCCCCUCCAUCCCCUUUCAAAUCACAUGUCCCCAUCACCAUCCAAUCCACUAAACAGGAAGAGGAUGUUUCAUUUCCUGUUAAUACAUUUGAUCAUGUGGAUAAACAUCAGCCGAUCGCGGAACAGGAAUAUCCUGCCCCGCCUCCCUUGUCUAAAGUGGAUUCAUCUUCUACACAACCUGAAGAGACUGUCAUUCCUGUUUGUGUGAAGAGAGUACAAGGAAAGGACAUAGUCAAAAACCAGAAACAAGGAGAACAAGCAAUGAACAUCCCUAUCACUAUCCAGACUUCUGAUGUGGAUUCCAAGGUAGAAAAGUCGGCACCAAAGGUGAAGGAGAAUGUCCAUAUGAUACCACUGACGGUACAGACCCGCGAUUCAAAAGAAGACCAAAGCUUUACUGGAGAGGAAACAAAGUCACAUGACUCUGGCAUCACCAGUCGUGGGUCGUCUUGGCAGAGCGGAAGCUUCAGGGAACACAUCAGUAGUUUUAGUCCUGGAUCUUACAGUAGUACGCUUCCCCUGAAAAAGGGGGCCUCCCCAACAGGGGAGAAAUUUUAUGAAGAAGAGGAAGGUGACAACAGUUUUGCGACCCUGCCUGCUAUAAAACCUCUCAAAACAACCAAAAAUUAUGACAAUGACUUUCCUGUCAAGACCCACAGGGGCUAUGAAAGUGAUUUUGAAUAUGCUCCAAAGCGUAGUGGUAAAAAUGGCUCCAAAUCUAAGUGGAGUUCAGAAGGUACCAGUGCUGGGUCUGGUUACCAAACCGAUGUGGAAUUUUUUGUGAGAGACAACAGAAAUCUAGCUAAGAAUAAAAAUAAACAGUCUUCAAAACCCUCAGACAGAGAUUAUAUGAGCGACGCUGAGUCUGUGUCGUCAGAUUUUCACUCCCGAAGAGACAACUUCUUCGGAUCAUCGCCGAGUAAAUUCUCUUCUGGUCUCAUUAGUCAGGUAACCAAGGUCAAUGCUCCUCAACUCCCGCAGAAAACCAAAGUCCCACAGCAUCCGAAGUUUAACCCAGACAUGGAAGAGCAGGAGUUCAAAUAUCCAACAAGUGACAAUUUCGAUAACAACCAGGAGCACUAUUUUUCGGACAAUGAUUCGUCCUUGAUAGAUCAGGCCUUGGACGCAGGACCCGGAGAGGAUUUCUCAAUUUGGUCGAGACAGUUAUCAGAACAGGAGCCAGAAUCCCAAGGUCAAGGCCGAGUAAGGGAUUCACCAAGGGCCAGGAAUUUCUGGUCAACGCAAGAGUCUCCCAAACAUACGAAACAGUCUCCAGCAUCUACGAGGGAAACAACAGGGAAGGAGAUUUCUGUCCCUGUCAAAGUGUUGCACGGUGAUUCCAGGAAGGCAGGUUAUAGAGAAGAGGAUUUCAGAUCCAAUCAUGUGCCGACAUCUCACAACACCAGCCAAGAUUCCACAUCACAGCCGAAUCACUUGGAUCAUCUUCAGCAGCCUAUCAAUGGAACUGAUUACCCCGCCCACCUGUACAAAGAGUUACUAGACAGUCUAGUCACCGACGAAUCUCACACACCUUCACAGAAGGAUGAUCGUGCAAUUUCUCAUGAUUCCCCAGUCAGUCAUGAUAGUCCAAACGUGUCACUAGACCAAUUCUCAACUUCCAAAAAUGUGGCCUCAAUCUGGAAACCAGGGGGCGGGCCAGCAGUCGUGAAGAAGGAGUAUAAACCUAUCCGAGUGACGUCGGAUAAGUCUCCUUCUGACAAAUCAUCUGUAGGGAUCAACGAAAGGUCUCCGAUUGGACAGACAGAUGUUUCUGAUAGUUCUAGGUCUCAGCCUAUUAGACAGCAAAAGGAUAUUGGUGCAUUAAUUUCAAAGGAGGUGAAAAAUUGGAAACCUCCACAAGAAGAAAGAGUUCCUAACUCUGGGGCUGCCGACGAGAGAGUCCCACAAACACAAGCUUGGGCUGAAAACAAUUAUUUCACCCAUCCUGAACCUUAUACAGAACCUUACACGGAACCAUAUUCGGACCCCUUCCCGGAAAAAAUACCAGAUCCCGUGUCAGAACAGGACACAAAGCCAGUGCGGAUCGACAAGCCCCGGGAACAUUCAGCCAGUAGUGCAUUUGGACGUGAGGGUGAGGAGGAGGAAGACAUGAAUCACCUACCCCCAACACAAAGCCCCUUCAUCACCCUUCUUCAAAAAAGCAGACAAGCGGGACAUCCCGAGGACAUGAAGUUUUCUAGUCACGGGCCUCUGCCAGGGGAGGGGCAGAUCCCAAAGGGGGCCGCAUACCUAAACCAGUCGAAGAAUGAGGAUGAUUCGUACUCGGAUCAGAAAUCACCAGUGGAAAAACGGCCUGUCAAAUACGAGGGUAUUGGGCCAGUGGACGAGAAAGGCAUGCCUCUGUCCUUUAGAAUGAAUGUGGAUGAAGAAAAGCAGCAUGAUUGGUACAAACAAAUGUACAGAAGUCUUCACACAGGACACCGCAAAGCAGACUCUCUUGAAAUUGCCGACCUGGAGGCGUGGUUACGGGAAGCAGGAACAACUGGUUAUGUUAAGCCGACACACAGUGCGGAUGAAAAUUCAUCACAGAAAGAAGAACAUGUACAUCAAUCUAAAGUUGAUUCUCACAAACAACGAAUUGAACAAUCAAGCAAACAGGAAAAACCACAAGGUGAAUCCACCGGAGUUGUGCACAAACCAAGAACUGAGUUCUCCCCAGCUGGAAGUAAACCAAGAACAGAUUACUCCCCAGUGGGAAAUCAAUCGAGAACUGAUUUCUCCCCAGUUGGAAAUCAAUCAAGAAAUGAAUACUCCCCAGUUGGAAGUAGAUCAAAAACAGAUUACUCCCCAGCUGGAAAUCAGUCAAGAACUGAUUUCUCCCCUGUAGGAAAUAGAUCAAGAACAGAUUUCUCCCCUGUAGGAAAUAAAUCAAAAACUGAUUUCUCCCCUGUAGGAAAUAAACAAAAAACAGACUUUUCUCCUGUAGGAAAUAAACAAAAUACAGACUUUUCCCCAGUAGGAAAUAAACCUAAGACAGAUUUUUCACCAAGGACAGAGACUAUGGUCAACAAACAUAAUCAGGAUAAUAGGUCCACAAGUGAAUCCUCAUUUUCAUAUAGUAAAUUUACGGGAGAACCUUCAUUUAAAAGAGCUGCGUCAGAGUCUAGUCGAACAUCCAUUGAGUCCAAAGAAAAGUCUCCAAGUGUCCAGAGCCGUAUUGAGCAGCUAACGAAUCCAGCCAAGUCCCAGGACACUGGGAGUCGUAGCAACGGUCCACUUAGUCCGUCCAGUUCCACGUCGUCUCAUACAUCCAGAGACAAGCGGUCUGUAGAUUACGAAAUCCCUGAAGAUUUACAGGAAUUCUUCAAAUAUCUUGACGAAUGGUCUCCACCUAAUGUACGAUCUAAGAUUGAAGUAUAUCGUAAUCAGCCUCGAAGUAUUGUCGACUACGAACCUGGCUUCUCAUCUAUAGCAUUUCAAGAAUCAAAAUCGUCGAACAUCCACAACCCACCCAUUGACAAGCCAGGGGAGAUAAGCCUGUAUACGGAGGGCAGGAAACGCCUUGCAUCAGCCCCCGCGCCUCUGCCCCCACCGACAGAAGAAAACGGUGAAGAUUCAUACAAACUCAUACAAAAAGGGGGUGAUAUCCCUAUUCGGGGCCUACAGAAACCCGCACCUGAGCGGGGAGCAAUCUUUGAUGAUGAAUUGAGUUUUGUUGAUGACUUGGCUUUUAAACACCAGACUACUGAUGCGAAACGGAGUCCUCCACCUCCAACCACAGAAAAGACGAGACGAAGACGAGAAGAAGAAGAACAGUACAGAAAGAAACGACUGGCGCAAAUUUCUGAAGAAGAAAGAAAGAGAAAAAUAAAACAAGAAGAAGCAGCUCUUGAAGCUCGUAAACACUCCGAUUUUUACCUACCUAGUCAAAAGUCGCCCAUCCCUGCAGACAGAUUUGAGGAUGGUGUUGGUGGCUAUGGUGCUCCUGAAGAACGUCGCAGAGGCUUCCAAAUCCAGGGCAAAGCAAAGGCUCUCUAUAACUUCUCAUCGCAAAAUCCAAGAGAGCUUGGCUUUAGGAAAGGUGACAUAGUUUACCUCAUCCGACAGAUUGACAAGCACUGGUUCGAGGGAGAGCGCCAUGGAAGGCGGGGGAUAUUCCCCAUAAACUAUGUAGAGGUCUUGACCUCUAUUGAAGCUGCUCAGGCAGCUGCACAGCAGUCAGAAGGACAGGCUGUUGCCAAGUUUAACUUCAGCGGACAAACAAAUGUUGAGCUCUCUAUCAGGAAGGGCGACCAGAUUACUCUCUUGCGUCGCGUGGAUGAUAACUGGUUUGAGGGGCGAAUUGGCCACAAACAGGGUAUCUUUCCAGUUCAGUAUGUUGAAGUACUAAAGGACCCAUCAACCCCUCUAGUCACCCCUGCCCCCUCAGUCAUCGCUACCCCUAUGACGGGUAGGGGUACCCCAGAGAUGCUGUCUCCAGUCAGUAUAGAUGUGCCAACACCCCCGCCCCAGCCUUCCCCGGGAGCAUUCUCCCCUAAAUCUUCCUCCAUGUCACAAUAUCCCUACUCACCUAAACCAUUCACACAGAGCCUCAGCCAUUCAUCGCCGAAGCUUGACGGAGGGGGAAACCCCACUCAUUUCAAUAGCCUGCCUGCAGGGCUCAACUCAGUCCCAGGGGCGCAGACUAAUGGCCAUCACCAGUCCUUUCAAAAUGUGGGACUCUCUGCCUCCUUCUCCCCAUCAAAAUCCUCCGGCCCCAUCGACAAUAACCUUGACUACCGGCCCAAGGUCACGGAUGAUGACCUUGCCACUAGUAGCUACAAAGCAUUGUAUGCUUACAAGCCACAGAAUGAUGACGAAUUGGAAUUGUGGGAAGGUGAUCAGGUGUACGUGAUGGAGAAAUGUGAUGACGGCUGGUUUGUUGGAACAUCGAUCCGCACAGGGAUGUUUGGUACCUUCCCAGGAAAUUAUGUACAAAGAGUGCAAUGACGUACACAAGUGGUUGCAUAAAUGGAGGACUGAUUUUAUUUCGUUGUAUGGAAGGACACAAGUUGAUCCCAGUUAGAAAGCAUACCAAGGGGAGAUAAUUGAGGACAGACACCCACGUGCCUUGUGGUGGGCUAGUGCUAUUAUGAUUGAAAACUUGAACAGAAGAGCCAUGUUGAUGUAUACACUCAAAUAGCCAUGGACAACCAUUUAUUUUGGCUGCAUGAAAGGAAUAUCUUAAAGACAGACGCAGGCGAUGUACAUACACGUGUGUGCUGUGAACAAGUGAAAAGUGUUGUGGAAAAAAAAAACUCGUAAAAACUUGUGUUGUAGUUCAGCUACGUCUAUUUAUUCUCAAGAGGAGUAUUAUCUAUGUCUGCGGCACAGAAGUUUUGUGGAUCAUCAUGAAGCUUUGUUGUUUUGUCAGGGUCGUGACUUUUAAUCAAUCUUAUUUAAAUCUCUGUUGCUUUCUGUGUGAAUGACAACAUUUGUUAUCCUAGAAAUUGCUUUCGCCUAGAUUUUCAUCAUUGUGCAGUUCGAGUGCAGUCAUAAACAAAAUUUUUGCAGCAGUUUUUGUCAUUUCAGUAAACCAUUUGUCGCAAAUAGAAGCGAGUGCUUGCAAAGGACAUUGUAUUAAACUCCAUUAGCAGAAGUUUCCCAAUUCUACUCCUAUCAACCAUAAAUUUUGUCUCAACUGUAUACAGACAAAUUUUCAAAUUAAAUAAAACCUGAUUAUUGAUGUGUGUGGUAUAAGUUACGUGAAUUUUAGUGUUGUUUCAAGAAAAAAAUCAUGUUAUUUCAAUCAUUACUUGCAAGAUAAGAUUAUUAUGAAACGAUUAUUGAUUCCCCGUGAAUCUGUUUAAAUUCACUGAUAAGAAACAUUCACAUCAGUAGAAAAUAAACUGCUAUUCUAGAAGGGAUUGUUGAAUUCAGCAAUGUUCAAGGUUUUAUUAGAUGGUAACUGCCAGUUUGAGAUUACCAAAAUUGGAGAUUUCUUGAAACCUAAAUUCUACAUAAUCGGUCCCAUUUUCCUGAAUUUUGGAUUAAAAUUGUUGAUUUUGAUGUCGUAAGUCUGAGCUUUUGUAUUCUUUCUUUCUUUAUAUGGAUUUCUCAGUUUUGAAGUUGUGUGGGUGAUUCAAUUUUCAUUUCUUUCAAAAAUAUUGUGUAAUUCAUCACCUUAAAGUAACAGAAAUAGAAUUGUCAGUGAAAUUCUACUAGAAAUCAGUAUUAGAAUCUGGUUGUACACCUGUUAUCGCGGAGGUGACACUUUUUAACGAACAGUGUAUAUCAUCGAUGUUGUCAUCAGGAUGUCCGUUAAGUUUGGACUGCUUAUUGCUGAUCUGUUAGAUUGUAUUCUGCUGUUUACGUGUCCAUUACAUACCAUAUUCAUGUUGUGUUGCGUGAUAAUCCCUAUAUACAUCUAUAUGUGUGUCGCAGAGUUUGAACUAUUGAUAUUUCAAGAUUUGAUAUAUUUUAGAAAACAAAACUUACCUAUUAAUAUUUGUAAAAAUUAAUUAAAUGCCUGUUUUUCUUUAUUUUUAUUUUCUGUGUAGUUAAUCAGAAAUGAACGGGAGGGGAGUUAACUCUGUAAUGCUAAUACUUCUGGGUGUCAUAGUUGCAGUCGGAAUUUAUCAUUCACUGUAGAACUGGUUAAAGUGCCAUAUAGAUAAUUAAUGUCCAGUUCAAUCCGAAUUUUAAUAAAUAGUGAUGAUAGUUUUUUCCCUAACUAUGCAAUGUAAAUGUCCUUUUGUGAGCAUCUAAUCCUUUUACUGAAGUUGUAAAACAUUGAUUGAGUUUUUAUAUAAUUGUCCUAAUCCAGGUCAAGGUCAUUGAGCAAAGUCAAUGUCAUAUAAGCAAGAAAAAUGUGAGAGCGAGAACGAGAGAGAAAGUGAAUAUUAUUUUGUUAUAUAUAAUAUAUAUUACGUAAACCGGUACCAUUGUGUUAUUAUUUAUGAAUGUUUUGAUAGCUGAAGUUGUCUCCUCUUGCUAUAACCAUACAAAUUCACAUUUUUAUGAUAUACUCAUAAAAUCCAGUCGACCCUCUACAACGAAACUAGUAGUUUUAGACACCGACAUCAGAGGGACUGUGCUUUAUAUUUGUCUGCUGUCGUCAUGGAAACCAAAUAUUUUAAUCAAAUUAAAAAUCAGGAAGAAAUCCUGCUUGUCUAAUGGAGGAUUUUUUAUUUUUUCUUCCUUGAAUUUUUCUUGCCAUUCGGAUUUGGAUAUUUAGGAUAUUUAGAUCAUUUUGUAAACCAUGUCAUUACCAUAGAUUAUUUAUUGUCAUGGAUACGAGAUUUUUGUCCCCCUUUAAUCUUUAAGCACACUUAGCUUUGUUAUUGGUGUAACUAUAUACUCAUAGAGUAUCUUAGAUAUAAACAAAGCCUUCUCAUUUUUAUAUCGUAUCAUUUUUAAAACACAAAUUUUUAAUGAGCACUUCAGUGGCUGAAGCACAUUCAUAACCAUAUGUCACGCUUGUGUCCAUGUUUUUUCGACAAGAGUUUUAAUGUUCAGUGAAUAUUUUUUGUAUAGUUCAGUGUACGGUUGAACCUUGAACAUUUAGAAACACGGACGGCGGAUUUAUAUUUACCAAAGAUGUAAGCUUUAUCCGAAAUUGAAGUCGAAAACAAAGCUGACAUUGAGAACGUGGUCCAUCCCUUAGAUGUGAAGUUUUAAGCAAUCUGGGGCAUUGUAUUGCUAAUUUGUGACUGUAGGUGUAAAUUAGUACUAAUUUCCUAGCUAGUAUUAAUUUUCUCUGAACAACUAUGGAUAUUCUAAAUGCAAUAUCCUUUCUUUUCUUUUGUGUGAAUUAAGUUUUUAAAAAGAUGCAGAGAUGAACUUGAAAAUAGUUCUAGUGAUAUUUUUGCGAAAUGAAAUAAUUGUGUUUACAUAAUUGCCUGGUUUAUAAUAACAACCUGAUAUAAUGAAAAGAAAAAGUGAUGGUCUUGAAAUUUGUUUUGUAAUUUUCUUAAAAAAAAAACUCUCCUGCUAGCUUGACCCUAUUGUAGAUACAACCCAUGUUAUUUAUUUGUGAUAUUUCAAGGUCAGCUGUUGGUAGUAAUGUUACGUGUGACUGAACAGCCUCACUCUGGUAAUUAUAACUCUUCGGUGGGUAGAUUAAAGCCAUCUAUACAUAACAA